GAAUCGAAAGGGCACGGGAAAGAAUGAAGGAAGGAAAGGGAAGAAAUGGAGGACCGGCAAGACUGACUGACUGAGAUGAAAUGAAUUGGACAACAACAAUCCUUGGAACAUUAUCAUGGCGGCUGGGCUGUCUGGACUGGGCUUACCUGGGGGACCUUGGGAUUUCAGGGGAAUAAGAGAAAGCCCCCCGGUAUACAAUACAGCCUUUCGGUUCGGACCGGUGGCUUCAUUGCUUUCUAUCAGCCUUGGAAAACAAACGACUUACGAUCGAUCGAUCUCGCAAGCGCAACUGGUUCGCCGCGACGUUAACCACGCAAACUUGGGGGAUAUCCCUUCCCCCCUUUUCCUGCCACCCAUCGAACAUGAGAUCCCCCAACGAGUCGAGACAGGGACGUUGGCUUGCUUGUUUGCUGGUUUCAUUCUCACUCCCAUUCCCAUUAUUGGCGGCAUAUUAGCGAGCUCAAAACUUCCACGGAGGCUACCUAAGGUUCUUUUUCUGGCCCUGGCGCGGCGGUGGCUAGCUCUGGAGGUUUUUUUUUUUUUUUUUUUCUUUUGGGCCUGCGUUACCCCCCCUAUCCUCCUCCUUCUACCCCUACUCCAAGACCCUGGCCCCCACAUAAGAGUUGGGAUGAUGAUGCCGUCAUGAUCGUUGCUUUACACCCUCCUGCUUACUUACCUACCAAUAUCUCUCUCUGUGCGCGGUGUGUGUGCGUGUGUCUGUCUGUGUGUGUUUUUAUAUGUACCUAGGUAGCUUUCCCCGAGCGGGUGGCUUAGGGGGCAAGCUAGGAAGGGAGGCACUUGGCUUUUUUUGGGGGGGGAGGGGGG